AUGGCCGACGACAACCAGGCUCGCUCGCAGGAGCAGCAGCCGCAGGACCAGCAGCCCCCGGGCUCCAAGGCGCCCGCCCCCAAGGACAAGAACUGUCCCUUCUGCCACCAGCCCUUCACCUCGUCCUCGCUCGGCCGCCAUCUCGACCUCUACAUCAAGCCGAAGAACCCCAAGGCCCCCGACGGCAUCCACAAUGUCGACGAGAUACGCAGGAUGCGCGGCGGCAUCACCCGCCGCCAGGCUCGCAAUUCGCUGGCCCGGAAGGGCGACUCGAGCGGCGGUUCGACGCCCGUCUCGCAGCAGCAGCAGCAGCCGCCCCCGCCCCAGCCCACCGCCCCGCAGCAGGUGCCGACGCCCGUCCAGCACCAGCACCAGCACCAGCAGCACCAGCCGUCGCAGCAGGGCCAGCCGCAAAAUCCGUCUGUGAGUGCCGUGUCGGCCGACACUGCUUCUCCGGUUGUCACCCAGAGCCCGACGCUGAACAUCAACCCGCCUCCCCAAAAGCUGCGCUUUCAGUUCAACCAGCCCUCGUGGACCUCCACCGGUGUCAUCAACAAUCUGCCCCCUCGUGCGAGCGUGAGCAGCGAGACGAGCAAGUCACGGCACGAGCUGCAUAAGCGAGGACUGGAGACUCGGCAGGUACUGUACGACGAGCUCGACCAUGGGAGGGCCGCCGAGCUGGCAUUGAGGGAGGUUCUGGCGAGCGUGAGGGAUGCCAGCGCCCGCUCAGCCGGCGUCAACCUCUUCGACUUCGAUCCUUACACCCUGAGCUUUCCUUCUCUAUGUCUCCAUAUCCUUCCCGCUCCCGCAACCUUGUUCUCACCCUCGCCCUUCCCGAACAGCGAGUCGUGGUCCAUAAGCCCGCCCGGACAGAAACAAUUCGACGCUCUGAAUAAAAAUAUCCGCGACCGUCUGGUGCAAAGGCAAAGACAUUCGCAACUUUUUGGCGCCACGAACCCGCUUGUCGGCACGCCCUCGGCUAGUGCGGCAUCUCCGCUCCCCACUCCACCACUCGGAGGAUUCGAUCCCGAUCCGCAGCGGCUGUUCCAACACCUGCAGGAUGCCUACAACCACUGGAAGUCAUUGUCGGAUAAGCAACGGCAGGAGACGUGGACAUUGGAGAUCUUGCGGAGCUACACCCGUGCGGAUGAGUCGAGAAGGGAAGCCGAGAACAGCCUGGCCAACGCAAGGAAGGAGAUUGAGACGCUGAAAAACAAUCGGUGGAUAAACAUGGGCAUGGCCUCGUCGACAACAUCGGCGUACGGAGCAGGUGGAGUGCAGAGUCCCAGCACUUCUCUACCAGUGCCGAGUGAAACAUUCAAGGAAUUGGCUGGAAAGCAUGCCCAAGGAUUGGAUCCCCGGACCUGGGAUUACGACAAGCUGAUGGAGAAGUGGACGAAUGUGGUCAAAGAAAAUAAGAAGAGUAUGUCAAGCUUGGCAAACCAGAGGAGUUUGAGCACAGGUUCUGUUCCGGCGUCGACACCAGUGAGUACCAGCGGCAUGAACGCAACAAACGGCAACACUACGCCUAUCAGUUGCGGGGGAGGCAUGCUGAGUACAUCGAUGCACCACGUGGGUAUCAAUGGCACAAGCGCGGGACCCAUGGGUACACCAACAACACUCGUGCCCCCGUCCAUCGCAGCCAAUGGAUUCGCCACGUCUCAGAGCUCGCGGGACGGAGUUGUGGAUUCCGAUGCAACGGAUGUAAUAGACCCAGAUGGAGAUGAUGACGAUGCGGACGCUGAUGCAGACGCGGAGACGGUCAUCUCGCCGGAAAACGCUCCGCAGCAACAACAGCAGCCUAGCCUCCAGCAACAGCAGCAGAGCCAUGCCCAGCGUCAGCAACACGCUCAUCACCAGCAGCUUUCUCAACACCACCAGCCACAACACCCUCAACAACGCCCCCAGCAUCCACAGAACCCGUCACCGCUUCACCAACCUCUUCCUCCGCAGCAGCUCACCCAACAACAAAUGUCGCAGCAGCCGCUUGGAACGCCUUCCCUUCCCGGUCAACCGCCGCAACACCCGCACUCACAACCGCCUACUCCGCACAACCAGCAACCUCCGCCUCAGCACACGCAGGCUUGGACGGGCAUGGGUGCCCCCACUCAUGCAUCCACGCAUUUCCCAGGAUUACAAGGGAUGACUGGCCUCACUCCUAACGGCAAAGGCCCGCGAAUCUUACCAGAGACAAGCGGACCAGUCGUUGGGACUGUGGGCCCCAACGGUGCUUUGAUGGAUGGUAUUGAACUGCAAGCGCAUCCAGGAAACGUCGGUGGACCUGACGCAUUUAUGACAGGAACACCAGGUUGGGGAUGA